AUGAUUGAUCCCGCAUGUUCACCAACUCAACUUCCCACUACAACCUCCCCACCACCCGCCCAAGCCUACACACCCAGCAGCCCGUCUUUUACCGUCCAUCUCAGUCGCCAAAGUAUGAGUCGAGGAGGAAAAUUGGCACCGGAAGUCAACCGAGCUCUCUUCGUAAAGAAUCUGAGCUUCAACGUCACCCCAGAGGAACUCUUUGACCUCUUUGGCAAGUUCGGCCCCGUGCGCCAGAUCCGCCAAGGAAUCGCCAACAACACCAAGGGCACAGCCUUCGUCGUCUAUGAAGAUGUAAUGGACGCAAAGUCGGCUUGCGACAAGCUGAACGGCUUCAACUUCCAGAACAGAUACCUCGUCGUAUUAUAUCACCAGCCAGAUAAGAUGCUCAAGGCCGCAAAUGAUCUCGCCGAGCGCCAAGAGAACUUAGAAAAGCUCAAAAAACAACACGGUAUUGAUUAG